CCUUACGGUUUAGGAAGCAGUUUAAAGAAGAGCUUCAUCAUGGCAUACAAGUGUGUAGUUUUAUUUGCUCUGGUGACUGUUGCAGUAGCUAAGCCUACGUUUGGUGGUUUCGGAUUUGAUAUCAUUACCGACGGUGUUGAAAAAGCUGCCGAUGUUGGUUUCGGCAUUGGUGCUAAUGCUGCUAAAGAAGGAGCCAAUAUAGCAGCACAAGCUGUACAUGCCGCUAAAGAUAAAGCUGGGAUAGCUGGGCAAGCUGGGAAUUUUGCUAAAGAGGGCGCUAAUAUGGCUGACCACGCUAAAGAAGUAGUCAAAGAAGGCGCCAAAAUAGCAGCUCAAGCUAAAAACGGUGGAAAAACAGCAAUUCACGUUACGAAAGCAGGAACCAGCAAUGGUUUAAAUGGAAAUAAAGAAGCUAAAAAGGGCGAGGAUGAUGAAGAAAACUGCAACCCUAACCAAAAAGACGAUCAUCAAGGAAAUAAAAACGGCCAAGACCAGUCCCAAGAUAAGUCGAAUGGCGUUGGACAAGAUAAAUCACACAAGAGGAAUGAUAAUGACAAAGACAAACCGAAAAGCAGUGGUCACGAUCAAUCACACAAGGGAAAUCAUAAUGACAAACAUAAACAGGAAAGCAGUGGUCACGACCAAUCACACAAGGGAAAUCAUAAUGACAAACAUAAACAGGAAAGCAGUGGUCACGACCAAUCACACAAGGGGAAUCAUAAUGACAAACAUAAACCGGAAAGCAGUGGACAUGAUCAAUCGCACAAGGGGAAUCAUAAUGACAAACAUAAAACGGAAAGCAGUGGACACGAUCAAUCACACAAGGGGAAUGAUAAUGACAAACAUAAACCGGAAAGCAAUGGACAAGACGAUCAAUCACACAAGGGGAAUCAUAAUGACAAACAUAAAACGGAAAGCAGUGGACAUGAUCAAUCGCACAAGGGGAAUCAUAAUGACAAACAUAAAACGGAAAGCAGUGGACACGAUCAAUCACACAAGGGGAACGAUAAUAGCCAAGAUAAACUGGAAAGCAGUGAACAAGCUAAGGUGCAUGAUAAAACAAGCAACAAUAAACAAGACAAAGUUGUUGACAAAUCAAACAGUAGUGAGGAAUGUGACAAAUAAGCAGCAAUGACAAGAGAAACCGAAAAACAAACAACAUAAUAAUGGACAGGAUAAGUUAAACAACAAUGGGGAUAACAAGAUACACGGCAAACC